AUGUAUAUUGCGAUUUUUCCGAUUGCCAUUUGCAUCAGAGCUUCCAAUGUUUAUGAAGAAAGAACGCUGGGUGUAUAUACCACUGACGGUAACAUCGACGAGUAUAACGGCCGGUCUUACAUUGUCAAUCAUAUUCAGAACCCACUGACCUUUGACUUGUGGUACAUUUUCCUCGGCAGCUUUUGCAUCUGCGUCGCCGAGGCCGGCAAGAUCGCAGAUACGUCAAUUUCAGCCUUUUCUGUAUUUUCUGUGUUAUUCGAAGUUGUCUCGGCAUAUGGCAACGUUGGACUUAGUCUUGGGUAUCCAACUGUUUCUAUGUCUCUAUCUGGAAAGUUCACCGUUUUCAGCAAGCUUGUCGUUUGUGUGAUGAUGAUCCGAGGCCGUCACCGCGGACUGCCCUACAAGCUCGACCGUGCCAUUGUUCUCCCAGGCGAACGCCUAGAAGAAGAUCACCCAGAUAGGGAUAAGGCUCAAACCAAGUUUGACUGA